CAGCAGAGGGGGACGUCGCGGGAUCUCUAUGUACUCGCAACAGUCCGCCUCGGGCUGCUACUUGCCGCUCUGAACGGCGCUGAGGGUCAGCAUGGCAGACGGGCCGAGUGACCCCCUGUCCUACUUCGCCGCCUACGGGAGCUCGGACUCGGAGUCGGACACGGAGCCGGAGGCGGAGGCGGUCUCGCCGGAAGCCCGGGUUGCCGAGAGCAACGCGCAACCGGGCCCGCGCCUCGCUCUCCCCGGCCCCGAAGAGCUGUUCGGCCACGUGUCCCGGCCCAGCUUCUUGAGCGACCCGCGGAAGGGUCGCAUCGACUGGGAGCGCCGGCUGGUGCGAGCCCCGGAGGAGCCACCGAGAGAGUUCAAGGUGUGGAGAAGCAAUGCCGUACCGCCACCGGAAACCUACGCAGUGGAGGAGAGGAAGGCGCCAUCGGGUGCAGACAUGGCGGUGAGGUGGUCGAGCAUGUACCAGGACAACGGGGAGGAUGCUCCUCAGCGCACGUCAGGCCUACUUGCUGAGGCAGCAGAGGUCACUGGGUCAGAUGAGGAGAAUAGCGAGGAACCUUCUGGCAAGAAACGUAAAGUGGAGACGUUCCAGCAGAAGGAGAAGAGGAAACGGAAUGAGGGGCAGGCCAACAGGGAGAAGAGUUUCGUUGAGGAAGAAAAGCGAAUCCUCAGGCAGGAGUUCUGCUUCAAGGAGUGAAAUGCCCUGUGGCUAAAUGUAGCAUACACUGAGUUCCCUCUGCUUGUCCACAAUCACAGUGGCUGCUGUCCUCGCAAACCAGAGGCUUCGUUAUUGUCACAAAGCCAGAGCCAGACUGUCAGUUGUGUGUGGAAGACACAGCCAAAGGGACAUAAGACAUGGAGCAAUAUUAGGCCAUUUGGGCCAUCAAUUCUGUUCUGCCAUUCCACCACGGCUGAUUUAUUAUCUCUCUCAACCUCAAUCUCCUACUUUUUCCCUGUAACCUCUAUUCUGAGGCUGUGCCCUCUGGUCCUAGACUCUCCCACUACAGGAAAAGUCCUGUCCACUUUCAUAAUGCGAUAAUUUUCAAUGAGAUCCCCCCUCAUUUUUCUAAAUUCCAUUGAGUACAGGCCCAGAGCCACCAAACGCUCCUCAUACAACUCCGUGUGGAACAUGAAAUAUCCGGUGAAGUGUGUGUAUUGAUUACUGGAUUCCUUCAGGUGUAUAGGGAAGAGACUCCCUUAAGCUGUGCCAAUAGCAGGCAAACUAUCAAACGUUGCGACACAGACUUGAUACGGCAUUGUUAAUUUAACAAGCACCGUGAGAUGUUUUCUGGGCACGGUGCAGUGAAGAGAGUACUGCUCAAAGGGAAGGUUGACUGGUCACAUUUUCUGUUGUGUAACUGGUGAACUGGCAUCUUAACAACAUGAUCCACUUUCUUCAUGCAUUUACUAUUAAAGGUAUUUUUUCCAGCAUUCCUAGUCUGCUGAAUGUUGAAUAUGUAACGAGUUCAAGUUCAACCAUACGCAUGGAGAUAGCUAAACCUCUGGGGCCAAGGUGCAAAACCACUGUACCAACAGUCACACACAGCACAGAUAGCAUAUAAACAUCAUUAACAAAAACAUAUUACCAUCAUGGCUACCGGAAUUUGUCUGUAAUGUAAGUGGAUAAAGUGGUAAGGAAGGCGUUUGACUUGCUUGCCUUCGUUGGUAGGGGCGUUGAACAGACCCUAAGACAGUGGAGCAGAAUUAGGCUACUGGGCCCAUUAAGUCUGCUCCACCAUUCGAUCAUGGCUGAUUUACACUCAGUGGCCACUUUAUUAGGUUCCUCCUGUUCCUUCUUUGCUGUAGACCUUCCACUUUAACUUUUGAUACGUGUGUUUAGAGAUUACUGUGUAAUGUCAGUUUGAACUACUGUCCCUUAAACCAAUCUGGCUAUUUUUCCCUGACAUCUCUCAUGAACAAGGUGUAUUUGCCCACAAUCUACCACUCACUGUAUUUUUUUUUUGUUUUUCCACAUAAUUCUCUGUGAACUCCAGAGAUAAUUACGCAUGAAAACCCCAGGAGAUGCGCAGUUUUUGAGAUAGUCAAACCACCCUGUCUGGCACCAACAGCCAAAGUCACUGAGAUCACACUUGUCCCCAUUCUGAAGUUUGGUCUGAAGAGCAAUUGAACCUCUUGACCAUGUCUGCAUGCUCUUAUGCAUCAAGUGGCUGAUACACGAUUGGCUGAUAUUUACAUUAAUGAGCAGCUGUACCUAAUAACCUGGCCACAGAGUGUAUUUUCCCUCUCAACACCAUUCCCCUGCCUUCUUUCUGUAACAUUGGACACACUUGCUAAUCUAUCAACCUAUAACAUAGAACAUUACAGGCCCUUCAGCCAUGAUGUUUUGCCAAACUUGUAACUGAGAAAAGGUUAACGUGGAAAUGAAGAAUGUACUGUUCCUCUCUGUACAGAUGCUGACUGACGUGCUGAGUGUUUCUAUAUUUAUUAAAUUCAGUGUUCAAAGUAC